AGUUCGAGCAGAAAGGCCUUGGGCGAUAGCGGCGAUAGCUGGCUUUAGAACUUUGUGCGUGUCGGGGACGGCGAUCUCCCCCGUGGUGGUGGUGUUGGUGUGGCCGUAAUUUUGCGGCGGUUUGUGGUGAAUAGGUGAAAGGUCAAUUUAUUUUUGCCUGGCCCUUUCACAUUUUUCACCACAGGCCUGAGGAGAGACUAGGAAUGGCCUGUCUACUCACAUUGAAGGCGGAAAUCAAGACCCUCGAACAUGUGUUUCCGAAAACUCACGAGCGGUUUCAAGUGCUAAGUGCCAGUGUAGAUGAACUUACGUGUCGUGUGAUAGGACGGCAUGGCAAAAAACAUGAUAUUCAUGCUCAUAUCACAGAAACCUAUUCGCGAACACCGCCUGUGUGGUUUGCCGACACGGAUGACCACGCCAUCACAAACGCCCUGCAUACCCUCUCCACAACGACCGGCGCAGACAACCACAUCCUGUCGCAGACGAAGCUGCUGCUGGAGCUGGUGUGUCCGGCGCUGGGGGUGCCCACGCCGCCCGACCUGGAGCGCCAGCUGCGCGUCACCUUCGCACAGUUCUCACAGAGUAGCCGCGCCACUCAGGCCUCUCCGAGCAGCGGUGACGGCGCCGCCGCGUCGGCCGACGACGGUUUCGACGAGGACGACGAUGACGACGAUGAGGAGGAGGAAGAUGACGAUGAUGACGACCUGGAGCCGGACGAGGACAUGGACGAGAUGCACAUUGAGAUGGAGGAGCCCACUGCCAGCGAGAAGGAUCCGGACAAGGAGCUGUGUCCGGAGCACCAGAUGGCCCUGGAGCGUCUCCGGCAGCACCACUCGCGCGAGCUGACGCGCGGCCCGGCCACGGCCGGCAGUGUGCAGGCCACCGACCGGCUCAUGAAGGAGCUCCGAGACAUCUACCGAUCCGAGAGCGUCAAAAGCGGUUCUUUCAAGGUGGACCUUCAGAACGACAGUCUCUACGACUGGAACGUCAAGAUUUAUAAGGUGGACCCCGACUCGCACCUCUACAGCGACUUGCGCCAGCUGAAAGACAAAGAGGGCAUUGACCACAUUCUGCUCAACCUGGUGUUUGAGGACAACUAUCCGUUCGAGCCGCCGUUCGUGCGCGUGGUCUACCCAGUGAUGCAGAACGGUUACGUGCUGCUGGGCGGCGCGCUGUGCAUGGAGCUGCUCACCAAGCAGGGCUGGACGUCUGCCUACACGGUGGAGGCCAUCAUCAUGCAGAUUACGGCCACACUGGUCAAGGGCAAGGCGCGCAUCAACCAGGGCGCCUACCGGGGCCAAUACAGCCUAUCGCGAGCCAAGCAGUCUUUCAAGUCGCUGGUGCAGAUCCAUGAGAAGAACGGCUGGUUCACGCCGCCCCAGGCGGACGGUUAGCGGGCCGGGGGCCGACAGCCGGGGUGCCGCCGCCCGCCGCCGAGCGGUCCGCCGGAGACCGGCACAACCUCGGCGGCCGCGCGAUCUCCACGAGGGGCCGGCCGCACGACACGCCCGCCACGUGGCGCCGCCGCACGUGGGACGACCACGUGGCGCACGAGACACGCACCUAUCCGCACCCACACACAGGUAACACAGACACACGGGGGUAGACACAGGGAGUUGACGGUCUAAUUGGGGUAAGACGGGCUGAUUGGGGUAGCAUGGUUACAGUGAUUGAUAUACAGACCUUUAGAAGGGGUCCCCUGUGGCUUACGAGACGGAUAAUCACGACUUGGAUACACUAUUUAGCGGCGACACAGAAAAACGGCAGACAGGUAAAGAAACAGACAGACACGCAUACACCAUAUCUGCACAGGAUUUUACUGUGAAAAGCACCACUGCUGGACAGUGCCAUCACAGACUACACGCCACACGAAACACACAUUACACACACCUCGCAUUUCUUGCGAACGUUCACCGAACACAGCACUCGGAGAACACACUGAGAACACAGAGAACACACUGAGAACACUCGGCGGAGCGGCGUGGUGGCUGGUGUGUCGCGCGGUCUAUUCAGAUGAGAAGGAAGCUGCGGGACAGAGCACUGGAGAGACGGGGAGAGAGGGACGGAGAGAGAUGUCUGAAAACUGUGUAGAUAGCUAGCUGAGGGGCGGCGACGCUUCACAAGCCCGUCGCCCAAUUGUAAAUACGACGAAGAGCCGUUUUGUACGUUAAGAUACCUCCUAGGUUCGCACCCGCUCGCCUGUAUGUGAGCGCGUGUCGCUUGUGUGAGAGAGGGUGAGAGAGCCAGAGUGAGAAAGUGUCAGCGCUCUAAAUGGCAGUGUUUGUACGUGGCCGGCAGGGCCGGGUCGGGUCGGUGGUGAGAACGGGCGGUUCGGCGUUGGAGAGGUGGGAAAAUGAGCCAGGUGGGGCCAAAGUUGUGGAUAGGGUGGAGGAGAAUGGGGUAGUGAGGAUUCGUCUGGAGAUGAUUUGGCAUUGACUUGUCGCCUGAGAAUAGCUAUGACACCAGCACUGCGUUGCGGGUUCGUCACUGCGAAACUUAGCAAAAGCCGUGCGUCGCUCUGGCGCCACCAGUCGAUCGAUGUAGACCCCGCUGAACGUUAGACAUCUGUUCAGCCUACCCGUGACCGAGCAUCCACCCAGCCACGGCCCAUCUCGACCCGGUCCGGCCCGGCGCGGCGCGUUCUGAUUCCAUGGGUAUUCUCUCUGUCUCGUGGGCCGUCUCCGUCUCGGUUUUGUACGUGUAGCGGCGGGCAGAGUGGCGCCGGCGGUCGGACCGAGUCCCCACACCGGGCCGGUUCGACGCGCCGCCGACUGGCCCAAACAUAGCCGACUAGCUGUGCACGUGUGGCGUGGGAGCGAGCCUGUCGUCCGUGUAGAGAAGCCCGUUCGUGUGAGGUGUGGUUCGCCCGUGCGCGCGUGUGGAUGUCACAGUGUACAACCAUUUCUCUCGAGUUUGUCCUCUAUCCUGUGUGCAGUCGCCGCGUGGUGACUCACUCGUCUGUGUGUGUCUCUCUUCUGUACAGAGGCUCUGUGCUAGCCGUGACCUUGCAGCGUCCUCUCACCACCGUAGCGAAUAGGCGGAGUUAUUUUUGAUAAGGACUCUGUGUUGAUUUGUGUGCCGCGCUCGGGUGUGCCCUCGAGGUGUGGUCACACUGCGCGACUCGGGCAGUCGGAGCCGACGCGUCGGGCGGCGCCGCCACCGACGCACCGGUCCAGAUGGCCUUCUCUCUAUUGUCAUGCACCUUUUCAUGCGCCUUUGCGUGUGUCGCGCGCAUGCACUCGCCGCUGCUGUCGUCUGGGGAGCUGAGGCUGCUCUCCGUUUGGAGCCAGCUGCCGCUGAGCUCGGCCGGAGAACGGUGGUGUUCGCUGUGUGAGCGCGCGGACCGAGCUGCCGCCGGCGCCGGCCGGUGGCGCGUCUUUUCAAUCAGACUGUAUCGUAGCCAGGCGCUGAAAUACACGGGGCGUGACUGUA